UUAAACAGCCGGGGAGGAACUUUCAGCAUCUGGGACGCAUGCAUGAAGAAGAUCUCGUCUCUGUCAUCUAAAUUCAGUAAUACUACUUUAUGAACACUGCUACUUUUGCACAGACACAUCUUAAUACAAGUAACACAUUAUUCAUAUUCGGUGCGAAACGCGUUUCUGUGAAUGAACACAGUGCUUUAAUUUGUAAUUUCACGGAACUCCGCUUGAGAUGAAACCCGGCGUGCUUCACUGCCGAUGUGCUAAAUGUUUCUCAGUGCCAGUUCGGAAGCGGGUGCGCAAGAGAAUACCCACCCUAACACUGCUCUCUCUGCCCGAAGAGAUAAUUUUGUGUGUGUUGCAGUGUCUCUCAGCUGAAGAUCUUUUGGCAAUCAGAGCUGUGCACUCUCGGCUGCGUGAUUUGGUAGAUGGACAUGCCAGUGUGUGGGCGAGGGUAGGCUUCAAGGAACAGUGGCCUUCACCUAACAGCAUAUGGCUUUUUGAAAGGGCUGCAGAGAGGGGAAAUUUUGAAGCUGCUGUGAAAUUAGGAAUUGCCUACUUGUACAAUGAAGGACCAUCUUUGAGUGAUGAGGGAAGGGCCGAUGUUUGUGGAAGGAAAGCAUCUCAUUACUUCAGUUUGGCGGAGAGUUUGAGACCUCAGUCUGCCGAUCCCUUCGUCUGGGUGUUUAUUCGUCCACCCUGGUCCCCAUCAGGCAGCUGCUGCAAGGCUGUGGUGUAUGAGCACUUACGGGCUGAGAGUGACACUAACUUGGAGCGGAGAGGAGGUUUAUUGCACUGUUUAGCCAGAGUGCUCCAGCUCUUUGAUGAUGAAGAGAAGAGAAAGGAGGCUGUGCAGAUGCUUGAGAUGUCCGCAUGUAGUGGAUGUGUGCAGAGUGCCUACCUGCUUUGGGAGCAUAAGCGACACUUAGCAAUGACAGAUCCAGGACGUUAUCUCCAAUGUAUGCGUACACUCAGGGACUAUGCAGCCAAAGGAUGCUGGGAAGCACAGUUGUCUCUGGCCAAGUUGUGCAUCAGUGGAAACCCACUUGGUUUAGAACUACAGGCAUGCACCAACCUUGUGGCCCAAUUGUUUCACUCCAACCCGACACCAUGCAGACGAGCAGAAGAUUUGCUGCGGCAGGGGCUCAAUGACACUAUGAGGUACAUCCUGGUGGACUGGCUGGUGGAGGUGACCACGAUGAAGGACUUCUCCAGCUUGACUUUGCAUGUGACUGUGUGUUGUGUGGACCGGUACCUGGCAAUGUGUUCUGUGCCCAAAGCCCGCCUCCAACUAUUGGGCAUCGCCUGCAUGGUGAUCUGCACGAGGUAUGUUAGUAAGGACAUCUUGACCAUUCGAGAGGCGGUCUGGUUGACUGAUAACACAUAUCAGUAUGAAGACCUGGUCAGGAUGAUGGGAGAAGUGAUUGCAGUACUCGGGGGGAAGAUCCGUACUCCCACACUGGUGGACUAUGGCGAGGUGCUGCAAUCUCUAGUCCCCAUGGAUCGGCGCAGUUUCCACCUGUUCUGCUACAUCGGUGAGCUGUCCCUGCUGUAUGCUGUCCUGAGUGCUACUCCACCCGCACUCCUGGCCUGCGCAGCCCUUCUACUGACACGUGCGCUGCAUCACAACGCUCCCAUCUGGCCCUCCAUUUUGGCUGAGCACACUGGCUUCAGAAGUCAGGAGUUGGUCCCCACUGCCAUGGUGCUUUAUGUGAAAUGCUUCAGUCAGGAUGUGCCUAAAGACUAUAGGCAUGUCUCAUUGACAGGAGUGAAGCAGCGGUUCGAAGAUGAUAUGUAUCAACAGAUCAGUAAGGAGCCGGUGAUGGGCUUGUCUGAGCUGUGUCAUAUUUUGGAAGUUCCUGAGAUUCAGGCUAAGAUGGGGCUGCUAUAUCCCAGUUCAGAACCAGCUGAUAUACACACAUUCCUAUCCUCUCCCUCCAGUAACAGCAAGAGACGGAGAGAGGAGAGCAUGCAGAAUCACAGGAGCAGUUUCCUGGCCACACCCACAGCGGAGCUGUCCACCCAGGAGGAGGCGCUGUUGGGAGACAUCCUGGAUUGGAGCUUAGAUACGUCCAGUUCGGGCUAUGAAGGAGACCAGGAAAGUGAAGGAGAAAGGGAUGCUGAAAACCCUGGUGUGAGGUUAGAGUUGCAGCUGGAGACGGAGCCUGCGGACUCUCGAGCACACUGUCGCGCCCUCUCUAGUGACGAAGACAGCUUUAACGAGGGAGAAACGAGUGACGAUGUGACGCAAAGAGGGGAGGGCGGCAAUAGGCGAUGCCGCCAUGAACUUCGCAACUCAGACGCUCACCCUCUCUCCUCCUUGGUCAACCACUCCUCUGUUCUCACCCCAUCAGCUGAUGCCCACAGCUCUGGCUACUCUUCUGUCCAAAGUUCCAGUCCCUCCUCUUCCUCUUUGCUGCCCUGCUUCCUCUCUCCUCUGGCUUCGUCCUCCUCUCCCCCCGGCCGUGUGCCUGCAGUGGGAUUCCGUCUGCUGGUUCCGGCGCAUGGACCUAUUCGUAGACAAGUGAAGCGGAAGAAUGGAGCAGCACACAGUGGAGAGGAAAGGGAGGAAGGAGAACAGGAGGCGGGAGGAAGAGUCUCCCAUGUGACUUUCGUGAGCCUGUGAGAUGAGAAACUGCACCCUCACUCUUCAGAAGCACUUUGGUUUUGUGAAAUACUAUGAAUGAGGAGUUUGACAGGUGGCAGGAAGAAAUAUUUGCACCUCGUCCUGUGCAUUAGCACCAUACAACCAGCUUUAUAGUUCUUUUUUUUUUUUCACAAGAGAAUGGAGAAGAAUCCUUACACUGUCUAGUCACAUUUUGCCAGCUGUGUUUUAAAAGGACUUGGCAGCUGUUACAAUGCAUAGGGAGGUCAACACUGGAAAGUACUCCUCUGUUGUCAGGUUUGUUUGUCGCACUGCAACCCCUGCUGCCUCAACACACACACACACAUGUUCAUACAGACUGUUGAAAUCAGACAAAUCAACCUCAAGACAUCCUUCAGGGCUCUUUCAGCUGUGUAACCUGUUAUUGUGUCUAAAAUAUUUGUAUGCAUAUUUUUUUACACUCAUGAAAGGAUCCAAAAUGUGCAGUAUUGUUACACUCAUAUCUGUGUGUAGACCCGCUCAGACUCUAAAGCACAGUGUUUGUUUUUUGGAGGCAGGCUCUGUGGAUUUUUUGUAUUACAUACACUGCCUUAAUGUAAUAUGAGUCGUGGUUACUGCUGGGUGAUAGCCUACAGUAAAUUAUAAUAACACACAUGUUAUUUGAGAAUGUUUCUCUUACAUAGAUCAUCCAUACACUGUAGAUAUAUAUUUUUAACUAAUGUUAUGUACAGCAGGCUGAAAC